UGUCAUAUGAACUUACUCCCAGUACGAGGCAUUACUAUCAUUUAGCAUUGACAUUUACGAUACAAUAUGGAUACCAUUUUGGCCAUAAAGGGGAAGGAUUUCGUCCUAAUCUCCGCUGACACAGUGGUAGGCAAAGGCCUACUAGUGUUGGGUCAAGGCAAAUCGAAGAUAGAACGCCUCGGUGACUUUGCCGUGAUUGCUGCCGCGGGCAAUGGAGGAGACCCGCAACGUUUUAUGAGCUUCAUCGCGAGGCACAUGGCUUUGCAUAGAGUGCAACAUAAUGGACAAAGUCCGUCCGUGAGGAGCAUGGCUCACUUUGCUGGCAAACAGAUAUAUUCAAGUGUGAAUGUGAAUCUGAACUUUAAGGUCUCUGCACUGAUUGCUGGUUGGGAUACGCGGGGGGGACCUCAAUUGCAUCAAAUCGACGAGUUCGGGGGCUUAGUGUCCGUUCCAUAUAGUGGCCAGGGUUUGGGACUGCCCGUAUUCAACUCCAUUUUCCAAAAAGACUAUUCGCCAGACAUUGAUGAACCGACAGCCUACCACGUCUUGAAGAAAUGCGUGGCAGCAGUCCAUGAGCGUGUCGUUCUCAACAUGCGCAACUUUGAGGUGUUCGUGAUGAAGGAAAAUGGCAUCACCGAGCUGGAAGCUAUCAAUGCGGACUCUUUAAAGACGGCGCUGCCAUCGAGUCUUUAAAAUAUUGAUUUCAUCCACUUCAUACAAGUCAGAUCUUUACCCUCAAUUUGCCAUGAACCAAAAUCAAAAUUUAAUACCUGCGAAAGGAUACCACGGAGAUAACCCAGGACCUGCCCUGGUUGAAAUGGAUAUCGCAGAGCCCUGUUUGCGGUAAACUUUUAAUGAGCAUUUUUAACGGCAUUAAAGGUGUUGGCAAAUUGCA